GAAAUGGAGAAGUGGAUCUUUGCUACUUCUUUUUCUCCUGUCUUCUUUAAUUAUCAAUAAAUACCUCCUAUAUAUCAGUCACCAAGCGCCUUUUGUUCAUCCUUUGUCUCUCUAACAGAUUCACACACUCAGCCACCCACAACCGCCGGCAAGGUGAUGCAGAAAAAAAUGAGUACAGGGCUUACCUUUAGUCCUGAUGUCAAUGAAAAACCAACAUUCUAUCCGAAACAUGGCUGCGGAACUAAAGUUGAUGGGAAUAAGAAGAAGGUCGUCGGAAUAGGGAGUUUCAGAUUUUCCCCAAGCUCACUAACCUCCAGAUAUUCUGCUGCCGGAUUCUUUAGGCAUAUUGGAGAAAAGAUUGCAAGAGCUCUGCAGUUUGUGAGGUCUUCGCGUAAAGUUUCGUCUGCUAGUUUGGCAAGAUCCAAGUCCUCUGCUGAAACACUUGAUUCUCAGCGAACCGAGGCUAUCGAGGAUUGCAUUGAGUUCUUGAAUUCCUUCUCAUCGUUGACCAGAUCAAAUUCAGUUACUAGUUCUUGCUAGAAGUGUAUGCCUGUAAGAAGAAAAGAAUGUAAAUUAAAGAGAACCAUUCUGAUUCUACGUAGGUUAUGGUAAGAAUUUAAUCCAAUUAUUUAUGUAAGAAUCCACCUGAAAAAAAUGUUAGAAAUUUAUCUAGUUUGCAAAUGUUGAUCGUGAAGAAGAUUUGAAUAUCUUUAAUAGAAACUGCGUAGUUCAAGAGAAUAAAAUUUUCUUUUAGAUGUUCUUGCUAUUGUUUUAAGUUUUGUAAUCCUUCCUUCGCUUGUUGAACAAUUUCAUUUACAAGUUGUUAUAGGGAUGACAAAAAAAUGAGGUUCAAUUUGUAUUCAUGGUCCAGUCUCGUACUACAAGUAAAUGACCCCAAGAACCAUUUGAUUUUCUUGUAGAAAAUGGUCCCAAGUGAAUGAA